CUCGAGAUCGCUCCUUUAUUGACUACUUUUCACAUCUCGCAAUGACAGGAGGAGCAUUCUUUGCCCCCGCGGCCGACAAUGACGAGGAGUAUGAUAUGGGGCCGGUUGGCGAAGCCCAUGCAGUUCAGUGGAUUGGGACAGCUGGUGUCAAGGGACCGAAAUGGGCAAGAUUACCGCUGUUGACAGUCGGCAUGCUGGGUAUACAGUGCGUGUGGUCAAUAGAAAUGGGCUAUGCCUCUCCCUAUCUCCUCGAAUUAGGCCUCUCCAAAUCAUUCAUGUCUCUCGUCUUCAUGGCCGGUCCUCUGUCCGGGCUCAUUGUGCAACCACUAGUCGGCAUCUUCGCCGACCGCUCCCGCUCUCCUCUUGGUAGAAGGCGACCUUUCAUGCUCGCCGGCUGCCUGAUAUGCGUCUCCGCCAUGAUGCUUCUCGGCUGGUCUCGCGAGGUCGCAGCUAUCUUUGGUGGGGGCCAGUGGCUGGCCAUAACCCUCGCAGUUUGGGCAAUUUAUUGUAUAGAUUUCAGUAUUAAUGCGGUUAUGAGUACGGACAGGGCCUUGGUGGUUGACACGCUUCCGCCGAGAGAGCAAGAGGAAGGGAGUGCAUGGGCAGGGAGGAUGUUUGGGUUUGGGAGUGUAGCGGGAUUCUUUGUUGGGAAUCUUGAUUUGGCGCCGGUAUUGCCUUUCUUGGGUAAAACUCAACUGCAAAUAUUAUCGUUUCUUACAAGCGCAGUCCUGAUGGUCACACAUUCGUUUACUUCGUGGGCUGUCUCUGAACGCGUAUUACUUCGCGAUGAUCGGCCACAAUCUAAGAGUAGCUUAAAGUCCAACCUCAAAUCUAUCUGGGAGAACAUGUUCUCCCUUCCUCCCGGUAUCCGCACUGUCUGCAUUGUUCAAUUCUUUGCUUCCCUCGGUUGGUUCCCCAUCCUCUUCUUCACCACGGUAUGGGUCUCCGAAAUCUACAAAUCCUCUGUCCCCUCUGACGGUAUCGACCCGGCCACAUUCGAUUCCAGAGCCGUCCGUUCUGGUGCGAGAGCUUUACUUCUUCAAGCAUUAGUCAACAUUAUCACCAGCAUCGGCAUGCCAUUCCUAGUUGCUGAAUCGGGGGUACAGCCGAGUGAAAGUGUGGAUGGGUACGAAGCUAUCGAAGGAAGUUCGAGUCGUAGGGUUGGUCUCGAGACCGCAAAUGGUGAUGGGCGCAGUCCCCAAGCAAGUGUAGCAACACCUCCCAAUUCUGCACUCUGGAAAAGGGCGCGUGAGGACCUCGAGAAUGGAACGGUUUUCCGUCGGUUUCUCCACUCCGUGCAAAGUAUGGUGAAUAAUGUCAAGAAGGGCGAAUUGGGAAUACCUAUAAAGGGCUUGACAUUAGUCAAGGUUUGGUGGAUUUCGCAGUUUGUUUUUGCGGCUGCUAUGGCAGGAAGCUGGUUUGUGAAGAGUGUGGGAGGUGCAUAUGUCAUUAUCGCUACAACGGGAUUCUGCUGGGCAUUGUCACAGUGGGCCCCGUACUCUCUGUUAGGAGAACUCAUUCUCAUCGACGGUAGUAUACAACGCAACCAGUCUAUCAAUCUUUCCCGAAUGCGGGCACGCAGGAACUCGAGCGACGCCCAAUCUCGACCGUCUUCUGCCCUCUUCGACGCUGAAGAAACAUCUCAUCCUAUCAUCCCGCCGUCGAACACUAACUUCUCACGAGUCAGCACGCCUCUUCACUCUCGGCACGCUUCUCGUACUUCAUUAGUCCUUGACCGAAGUAAUCGACAUUCUCGAGAUCGAACGCGCCCUUCUAGCCCUAGCUCUAAUCUCGACCGCCCGGCAAACUUUGAUCGAGAAAAAUUUAUGUCUCACAAAUCCAAUCUCUCGUUGGAAGGGGAAGGACUAUCUCCGUUGGUUAUACAGGGUGAUACCCCUGUUGAGCCUGCGUUCGGGUCGACUGUGGUCUUGCGUCAUUCAGACGAGAUGUCAAGGUCAGAGGGUGAAGAUGACGAGUACGAGAUGGGACAAGUAAGAGGGAACUCGUCAUCGACGCACCAUAGUCCGAGAGCGUCUGGCGAUUAUGAUAUGAAUGGUACGAAAGGCACAGCCGAUAAAGCUGGUGUGAUCUUGGGUAUACAUAACGUCUUCCUCGUCUUGCCCCAAUUUAUCGUCACAGUCCUCAGCUCUGUCAUCUUCUGGCUUAUGGAACCUUCCAAAUCUCUUCCUACGCAUCACCCAGGCUCAGUCCCUGUCACCGACACUAACACCACCGCCGCCAUCGCCGCCAUUGCGAAUUCUUCCGUCCUUGAAGACGCUGUUUCAGCCACGAUGGAAGUUGCAGAACAAGUCGCCAAGAGGACAGUAGAGCUUGUCAGUAGGGAAGGUGUGGAUGUGGAUGUUUCGUCGCCGGAUGCGGUGGGGUUGAUCUUCAGGAUAGGCGGGGUGAGUGCGGCUGUUGGAGGAUGGAUAUGUUGGAGGCUGGCAAGGGAUUGGGCAAGAGGUCAGGGGGUAUAGAGUAAAAAAAUGAAAUUGACUGGUUUUUACUUUCUUUACUGGGCAUAGGUCAUCAAUAUGCAUAUUUUGUAUCUGUAUUGGACACGCUCAAA